AUGCCCGACAGUGCCCAUCCUGGAGGUGCUGGCCUGCCAGAUGAGAGUCAAGCUUCUCGAAUCCUCGCAGCCACGACGAUAACCACCGCAUUUGCAUUGCUCACAGUGCUGGCGCGGAUGUACGUUCGCAUAUUCGUCAUCCGAAAUGUUGGCCUCGAUGAUUAUACCAUGAUGCUAACCAUGGCACUGUCUCUCGCCGGAUGGGCCAUUAUUAUACCAGAAGUCGUUUAUGGCGCAGGGAGACACACAGCAUAUGUCCAGGAAACGGCUACUACGGCCAUGCAUUUGAACUUCGUCACACAGGGCAUCUACAUGUGGGCGAUUGGCCUCGUAAAAAUCUCCAUUGGACUAUUCCUGUUGCGCUUUGCCCCUCGUAAGGGCUAUAAGAUCUUUAUCUGGGUUGUCAUCGUGCUCAUGUUCCUCUACACAGCUAUUUGUUUCUUGACCCUCAUUUUCCAAUGCAAAGAUAUCCGUACUAUCUGGGACCACUCGGUGAAAUCAGAAUGUUUCACACCCACGCAACUGCUGGAGCUGAGCUACACCAAUACUGCAUUGAAUAUCUUGACGGAUCUUAUCUUCGCCUUCCUUCCGGCCUUCAUGCUAAGACACCUUCAAGUGAAUCGCCGGGUCAAAGCCUCGCUUGUCUGUAUUUUGGGAUUAGGGAUCUUCGCUUGCGCCGCUGCGUUUGUUAAACUUUCCGUCCUACCAAACUACGGCCGCACGGGCGAUUUUCUUUGGGAUUAUUCCACACUUACGAUUUGGGUUGUAGUCGAAUCCAAUAUGGGCAUCAUCGCAGGCAGCCUACCCACCCUGAAACCCCUCUUCAAGCAAGUCCUCGGCAGCUAUGGCUCCCGAUCGAAGACACGGCCCUACACAUACGGCAGCAAGCAGUAUCGACUGCGCUCCCUAUCUCGAUCCCGCCAGGGCCAAUCCCAAACCCUACACAGUGGGCCCCGAAGCCGGAUGGAAGCCGAGGCCGAUCAGAAGCUACCCUCCCAUCACUUUGCGACGACGACCACAUCAACCACAACUACCACGUAUCCCGGGCCCGACAGCAGCAACUCCAGCGAAGAGCACAUCCUAUCGCCCCAUGAUCCUGAAGGCAUCAUGUGCACCAGGGAGGUAAUGGUAUCCCACACCUCGGAGGCGCGAAACUCAGCAUGGAAUAAGAAGCCUGCUCACUUCGGCCAAGACGAGGUGGUAUAG